AUGGCUAACAAAGAGGUGUUGAACAUUCAUACCAUAAAGUCUAGGCUUUCUCAGAAAACUCUUGUUGAUAUUGUGAAGAAGUAUCACAUCGAUCCUGAAUUUCGCCCUUGUCUUCCUAAACCGGGGAACACUAUUGUUGAUGCUCCGAAAGGUUUUGUUGGGGUAUAUCUAGUAUUUUUUAGGUACGGGUUGCGUCUACCAACAUUUGAUUUGCUGGAGCGCAAACGUUUGGCGAGCUCUGCUUUGGUUACUGAGGUAGUCACCAUGCCUAAUUGUCCUUCUCAAUCAGAGUCUAGUAUGGAUUCCACAAUGAAUAUUGAUGGUCAGGAUACGAAUUUUCCAAUCAUUCCUUCCCCUUCUAAAAAUGUUAUGAAAACGAAAUCAGACAGUAGGAAGCUUCAUUCAUCAUCUGUCAGAACCGCUUUAAGAUCGAAAAGGAAAGUGGUUGGGGAGAAAGUUGUUUCUCUUUGA